GAAGAUGUGCACCAUGCCUGCCAUGCCCUGAUGGUUUCGGGUCGUCACUGCUGAUGAGCUGCACCAGAGCGGAAGAACGUGAGCAGCUCUUGCCCGAAGCUGAGAAAUCGGCCGCAUCCAUCCGCACAGAGUCCCGAAGCUGGGUGGCUUUUGGGCUUCUCCUUGGUCUUCUAUCCCUCGGAUUGGUCACCAUUUGGUUUCGCUACGGAUGGCUCACGCGAGGCCUAGAAGAUAUACCACACGAGCUUCAGAAGUACGAGGGGUAUGCCAAAGACGCCUCUCAUUUGUUUUUGAAACAAAGAAAAGGCCCCGAGGGUCCCAGUUUGUUCUGCUGGGCGCUCAUCAUGGCCAACUCUGGCGAGGAAGAGUUGAUGAGACAGCAUCGCCAGAGCAACACUAACAUCUUCAGGUGUGAUGCGUGGCUUUUGCUCAGUGACUUUCCAGUGAGCUUCCAAGAUGUGAAGUCGAUCAGCAUUGGCGCUUUCAACUCCAAAAGGGCACCGUGGAACUCAUGGUACAACGUCCCAGUUUUUCUCAGAGCUUGGAACAAGGUACUGGAAGACAAACGGUUCCUGUUAUAUGAUUGGACCGUGAAAGCAGACAUGGACACCUUCUUCUGCCAUCAAAGGCUUCGAGAGCGGCUUGGAAAUGCCCAUGUGCCGAAAGAUGAAGCCUGCAUUUGGCUGAAUUAUGAUGCUGACAAGAAUCCGGGUCCUUUGGACUUCUUGGGGCCCAUUGAAAUCUUUUCAACGGGAGCUAUGAAGCUCUACCAGCGAUCGCAUGCGAAGGUCUGUCCACGGCCACAUCCUCAAACACAGGGUGAGGAUGCGUUCAUGAAGGAUUGCAUGCUGAAGUUGGGGGUAAAGACUCGCAUGGACUAUAGCCUCCUGCAAAAUGCAUGUGAUUGGUGCGAGCCGCUCCAUCCCAAGCAAUGCGCCGACAGAGGACAUGUUGCGUUUCAUCCUUUCAAGAAGGUGGAGCUGUACUCCGAAUGCCUAGCGCACGCGGACGACUGCAUUGGUCCCAGUCCAUGGCGGUAACGAUGGGCGAAAACGAACGCGACGUGUCAAAGACAUUCGCGGCCAUCGCGAAGGGCGAUGGUGUAGAAGUUGGGUGUUUCUCAUGGUUCUC